UUCAACAGUGUUAUUUCUAUAUCUCUCUCCAAUAGUUGUAUUGAGCACUAUUUUAACAGUGGUAUUUCUAUAUCGCUCUACAAUGGUUGUACUGAGCAAUAUUUCAACAGUGUUAUUUCUAUAUCUCUCUCCAAUAGUUGUAUUGAGCACUAUUUUAACAGUGGUAUUUCUAUAUCGCUCUACAAUGGUUGUAUUGAGCACUAUUUUAACAGUGGUAUUUCUAUAUCGCUCUACAAUGGUUGUACUGAGCAAUAUUUCAACAGUGUUAUUUCUAUAUCUCUCUCCAAUAGUUGUAUUGAGCACUAUUUUAACAGUGGUAUUUCUAUAUCGCUCUACAAUUGUUGUAUUGAGCACUAUUUUAACAGUGGUAUUUCUAUAUCGCUCUACAAUGGUUGUACUGAGCAAUAUUUCAACAGUGUUAUUUCUAUAUCUCUCUACAAUUGA